UUCCGUUAACACUAAACACUGUGUUCUGCGUGGAAGGUGUUUCGUUCUAUUUAUUGUCACUUUUUGUUCAGUAUCUUACCUUUAAUAACAUUUAAUUUAAAAAAUAACAUACAUUGCAAAUCGCACCAGUAAUACAACAUAUGGAUUGCUUUUUGGUUACAGUUUCGGCGACUGCAUGCUAACAUUAAUACUAUAAAUAAAUAUUCGGGAUUUUUUUUUGUUUGUCAUGUGACUUUGUCAUGUUGAUAAUUUUCAGAUCUCCACUCUGACGAGAUGAGCGGCAUCAGAUUCGGCGGCAAUAUUAUCCAGCAGCUGAGCUUCUCCAGCGGUGGUGAGGAGGACAGCUGUGACAGCAGCGUGGAUGACUGGAGCUCCAGGGAGAACAGUCCCAAAGCGGGAUGGCGGAUGACGGAUUGCCAGUCUCCCAGGGCCUCUGAGAACAAGGAGGGGCUGACUGGGGAGCUCGAUCUGGGCCCUGCCUCCCCCUGCACCCCCCGAGGCAGCCGCACCCCCACCAGUGACUGCAAUGGCACCCCCACCAGUGACUGCCAUGGAACCCCCUUGCACUACGCCACCUGGAGGAAGCUACGUCUCUGUGAUUCUCCCAACACUCCUAAAAGCUUGUUAUCAAAGGCGAGAGUUCACUCCAGCAGCAAAUUUUGCCGUGGUCCACGAUUACUGAGAUUUACUGCCAGGUCAGAUCCAGCCCCAUCAGCGCGCAUACCAUCUGUGAACGUUAACCCCUUCACCCCUGAGCCCUUUAAGAAGCCCAAUGAACGGAACAAGAGGAAGAGCAUGGAGGAUGAAGAUGAGGAGGGCAGUGAUGAACACAAGAGAUCUGACCAGGAAGAUGCAUCUCUGCCUUCUAAGCGGUUUGCUCUCCAUGAGAACAACAUGGUGUCUCGAUAUGAGACAGAGUUCCUGGAGCUGGAGAGGAUCGGGGCGGGCGAGUUUGGGGCAGUCUACAAGUGUGUGAAGAGGCUGGAUGGCUGUCUUUAUGCCAUCAAACGAUCAAAGAGACCCCUGGCUGGCUCCACAGAUGAGCAGCUGGCACUGAGGGAGGUGUAUGCCCAUGCUGUCCUGGGGCAUCACCCUCAUGUUGUACGCUAUUACUCUGCCUGGGCAGAAGAGGACCACAUGAUCAUCCAGAAUGAGUACUGCAAUGGCGGAAGUCUUCAGGACGCCAUUGCUGGGAAUGCUGUAGAGGGGCGCUUCUUCCAGGAACCAGAGUUGAAGGAAAUUCUCCUGCAAGUGUCCAUGGGGCUGAAAUACAUCCACAGCUCACGCCUGGUGCAUCUGGAUAUCAAACCCAGUAAUAUAUUUGUGUGCCGACGGGCUGUGCCAACAUCACACCUUCGAGGGGAGGACGGCGAGAGUGAAGAGGAAGAUAGUGAGGAAUAUGCUACAGAUGUGGUUUAUAAAGUCGGUGACCUGGGUCAUGUUGCCUCCACCUCCAGCCCCCAUGUGGAGGAGGGAGACAUCCGCUUUCUAGCCAGUGAGAUUCUGCAGGAGGAUUACUCGCACCUCCACAAAGCGGAUAUCUUUGCCCUUGGUCUGACGGUCCUACUAGCGGCCGGUGCAGAGUCUCUACCCAAGAAUGGAGAGGAGUGGCACCAGCUGCGUCGGGACAACCUUCCCACAAUCCCCCAAGAACUCUCCAUGGAAUUUUUCAAACUGCUGAAGAUGCUGAUCCACUCAGACGUGUCUCUCCGGCCCUCUGCCUCAGGGCUGUGUCGGCACCCAGUCCUGAGGAGAGGGACUGGGAAGACUGCAGCCCAGCUCCUCAAGGAGCUCAAAGUGGAGAAGUUCAGGACAGCCAUGCUGGAGAGGGAACUGAAAGAAGCACGUCUAGCUGCCUCAUCCCCACCUAAAGACCCCCGCUACAUACGGCACGCUAAUCGGCAGCAUGACUCCGCCCCUCGCCAGGGGGGUAGACGCCUCGUUGGUGGAAAGGCUUCACGUUCCAUGAGUUUUAACUGUGCUGGAUACUGACUUGCUAAUAUAAAAUGCUGUUGUGCAAAACCCAUCUUACUUUAAGCUGAACACUUGGCUGGCAGUGCAUGUAAUGGCAGUUUACAUUUAAAGACCAUUGCUGGGGACGGACGGACGGACAGACAAAGUAUCGUCGCGACCAGACAAAUCGCACAUUUGUGGAGCAUGCUGUAAGUGGGUGAUCAAACUGCAAAAUGAAUGGGGAUUUAUGUUUGUGUGUUAGCGCUUGCCAUAGUAAUGUAUGAACCACGUGACCUGUUGCCUUUAUGCUGAGAUAUUUAAGGAAAUCUAACUGGGAAACUGCAGAAACAUUUAGCAUUGAGGAGCAGUGUCUUGUGGUUUUAAAAUCUCUAAUUUUUAAUAACAUUUUGAUUGCUUUUAGAUAUUUUACAUGUCCUUGUGUAAAUAAAGUUUUAAAUAUUUUAAUGUACUAUUUCUCAGUACUUGCUGCUUUACCCCACGUGACACUUAUUCCAAGCCAAACUAACCUCUUCUAACAACUGUAUAUUGGAUUUGAAGUUUGGGUUAGAGAAACCAGUUGGACCCAUUCUUGUUACAUUUUCAUCCAAUUAAGUCAAGUCUUUCUGCCUGUGCCUUUUAAUCUGCAAUGCAUUAGAGCUUGUGUGUGGUGUCAAGGCACAGCUACCAAAUAAACUUGUGUAACAACUUGCUAAUUUGCACAUUACUGUAUCCAAGGCCUUUCACACAAGUCAUGUCACUGAA